AUGUUGGAAGGGUUUCGAGGACGCCGUGCGUUCAAACAGUAUAUACCUAGUAAGCCAAAUAAGUAUGGCAUCAAAAUUUACGCAUUAGUGGACGCUAAAUGCUAUUUUACAUGCAAUUUAGAAGUGUACGUUGGUAAGCAACCAAAUGGACCUUAUGCUGUUAACAACUCUGCUAGCGCUGUUGUACAAAGAUUGUGCGAACCAAUAAAAGAAUCUGGUAGAAAUGUUACUACCGAUAAUUGGUUCACUAGUUUAGAAUUAUUGGAGGCAUUAAAUCAAAAUAAACUCACGUUGUUGGCAACAAUACGUAAAAAUAGGAAAGGGUUGCCAAAAGAAUUUACCCAACCACCGAAAUCUAGACCUGUAAUGUCCAGACUGUUCGGAUUUCGCGAAAAUGCUACUUUAGUAUCAUACAAACCAAAAAAAAAUAAAAAUGUUUUACUAAUUUCAAGUGGACAUCAUGACGACAGCAUUGCAGAAAAAUCUCAUAAACCAAAUAUGAUCCUCGAUUAUAAUAACACUAAAGGCGGUGUUGAUACUGUCCAUAAAUUGUGCGCAUCUUACAAUUGUGCAAGAAAUACACGAAAAUUGCCAAUGGUGGUUUUUUAUGCAACAUUAAAUAUUGCUGGAAUUAAUAGUAUGGUUAUCUAUAAAUUUAACAAUCCAACAGUAACCCAACCGAGAAGAAAAUUUCUACAACAUUUAUCAAUGGCGCUAAUUGAUGGUCAUCUUCGACAGCGAGCUCAGCUGCACUGUCAUCCGAAGCAAAUGUCAUCCAGAAUUAGAGAAAUUGUAGGAUAUGAGGAGCCAUUACAAGGAGCUGCACCACCACCGAACGACGAAGAUAUUCCAAAGCGAGGUCGUUGUGCAUAUUGCGACAAAAGAAAAAACCGCCCAACUAGAUAUCACUGUAAGAAUUGCAAAACAUUUAUGUGCUUGGCUCAUUGCACGGUUGUUUGUACAGAAUGUUACAAUAAAGAUGAAAUUAUGUAA